AUGGCUUCAGAACAACUUAUUCAUGUUAGUUCGAAUUUAGGUCAUUCUCCAUCUUUGCAACAAGCUUCUACUGUUCCUCCGGCUGUUUUGAUUCCUCGGGACCCAAAUGCUAUGGAGGUCGAUGUAAACGCUGUCAAUUCGGGUCGUAACUUUCCUCCUCUGCCUAGUGGCGUUUCUUUCAGUUAUUUUUUGAAAUUUUGUCACGCUCGAACUCUCUGUCACAAAUGUCUGAAGCCUUAUGAUUUAACACAUAAAACUGCUGAUGGACGAAGCACUGGUUGUCCUAAUCCUCCGCCGACUACGACUCGAGAAAUUGAGGUUUUUAUGCAAAAAUAUCAAUCUAAGCCUCAACCUUCGGUGGCGACAGUGGCAUCAAUUAAUCAUUCAGGCUUUCAUCGCAAUCAUUCGGCUCCGACUAGAGGUUUUCAUCGUGUGGCUUCAGGAUUUUGA